UGAAAUACGCGGCGUCACUUCCGUGGAGGCAGCUGGCGGGAGUUUCUCCGUGUGGUGGCAGAAAGCUGUGUUAUUUACAGUUGGUAAAAACCUUGAUUUUAAGCGGUGCUACCCGUAAAACUCCGACAACAUGAUGGCGACGGAUGGAAAGAAAGUGUGCGGGCUAAACGGCGAGGUGUCGGUGUCCUCAAACGGCCAAGACGAGAGCAAACUGAGCAAAUCACACCAGGUUGUCGCAAAUGGAGGGACGACAGCGGCGCCGCACUCCAAGCUAAACGGAGCAGGAAGAGCCGAGAGGUUCACCUUCAGCGCCGGGCCCACCAUGGAGGAUAUUCGGCGGAUGCAAGCGGAGUUUACCGACGAGAGGGACUGGAAUCAGUUUCACCAGCCCCGCAACCUGCUGCUGGCCAUGGUCGGGGAGGUGGGCGAGGUGUCGGAGCUCUUCCAGUGGCGCGGGGAGGUGGCCGAGGGCCUGCCGGGCUGGAGCGACUCCGAGCGGGAGCAGCUGGCCCACGAACUCAGCGACGUGUUGAUCUACCUGCUGGAGCUCGCCGAGAAAUGCCACGUCGACCUUCCCCAGGCGGUGCUGCGCAAAAUGGCCCUGAACAGACUGAAAUACCCGGCCGCCAAGGUGCACGGCUCAUCCAAAAAGUACACUGAAUACCAGGACUGACCGGGAAAGAGAGGGACACAGAGAGAUGGCUGUCACAGUUCAGAGAGGCGCACACAAAGUCAGGAGGAGAAGUUGGGUAGUCGGUUGCCAUGGCAACUGAGGGCUGCUGUUCACUUCACGAGGAUAGUAGUUUGUAUGUGGCUCGUGCUGCUAUGCAUUUAGACCACAGGUUACAUUAGUAUUUGUAAGCUGUUAUCUUUUAGGUUCUCUCUUCUAUUCUAUUUUAUUCUGUUAAUCUAUAAUAUACAGUUCUCGUCCAAAGUUGUAUACGACAGGCAAGGCACUUCACCGGGGAUCUUAUGAUUUUAUUGUUUUAGACUUCUUUUUAAAUCCAGUUUUAUUCUCAUUGUUCAUCAGUCAACUUCAAACACUUCUCCUGUUGGCAGAAAAUGUCACUGUUAUGUAACCUAAGUACAUGGUGUGCUCAUGCAAAUGCCAGAAGUUGGAUAUUUUUUAUUUUAAAACUUAGACAGUUUGCAUAAAGUGCUUCCUCUGCUCCACCGGUUCCAGGUGGAGGAUAACAGGAUUUUGAAAGUGGAAAGAGUUAGAUGAACAUUGUCCUGACUGGACGUGCCUGAAAUUGAAAAUGACAGACACUUGUACACCUAAGAAUUGUGUUUAUGUGAUUGAUUACUCAAGUUGUUUCUUUCAUUUCUCCUUAUUGCUCAUUCGGGUUGGAUCUCUCUUGUUUUGCUCAUUACUGUCACCUUUUCCCCCUUGAAGUAAAAGUGUCUUCAAGUCUU